ACAAAUGGUCAAACUGAUCAAAUAAACUUUUUUACUCAGUAGGAAAAGGCCAUAGAAACUUUUUUUCCUCAGCUAUGCACCGAAACCAGUCUGCUUUUUCUUUUUAUCCGUUCACGUUUACUUUAAUGUGACUUACAGAAGAGUUUGGAUGCCAUAUUCUCGUAGAACUGGAACUGUAUAAGUGUGAUAUUUACUUCUGAGGUGCUUUUACGGUUUUAUUAGCUCGACAGAUGCCGAAUAGUAUGUGAGAGUCCUACAUCUGUCUUUUUUUGAGGGUGGAAAAUGUCCAGUACAUUAACAGAAGGUCAAACAUUAAUCAAGAAAUCUUUAAGUCCAUUAAAGGCAACAUCAACAAAUAACAAGGGGCAUGUUUUUGUGGAACCACAAACACCAUUAAAAAACUCAAAUAAAGCUUCAACAUCUGAAGCUGCACUACCGGAGACCCAUAAAAACAUGGGGCCCCUGACAACACCUACUAAAGGCCUUGAUGCACCAUCAAGCGACCCUUGGACACCCACUUCCAACCUAAAAAUGCUCAUCAGUGCAGCCAGUCCUGAGAUUCGCAACCGCGAGAAAGAACGUGCCGUGGACAGCAGCGAAUCAGAAAACUCGCAGGAGAUCGAGCAAGGUGAAGAAGUAGAAAAGCUCCAGAUAAGCCGUAAAGACAAAAGCCUUGGGUUGUUGUGUUACAAAUUCCUUGCAAGGUACCCAAACUACCCCAAUCCUGCUGUAAACAACGGUAUCAGCCUUGACGAUGUGGCAGCAGAGCUGAAUGUGGAAAGACGUCGCAUCUACGACAUCAUGAAUGUUCUUGAAAGCCUUAACAUGGUCAGCCGGCUGGCAAAGAAUCGCUACACGUGGCAUGGUCGGGUAAAACUUGCACAGACGCUUGCUGUGCUGAAACGGGCCGGAAAAGAGAACCGCUAUGAACAGCUGAUGCAGCUGAUCCGACAAAGGAGUCAAGAGCGAGAAGAGAGAGAGUUCGAUUUAGAUGGAGAGGAGAAGGAGAAUGAGGAAAUGUCCAGUUUUGAUGUGGACGGAGACUCUGGGCUGGCGGAUCUUCCAGGAGCGGAUUUUAAAGCAGCAGCUUCUGCGAACAGUCGGAAAGACAAAUCUCUGCGAGUGAUGAGUCAGAAGUUUGUCAUGUUGUUUCUGGUGUCCAGUCCUCCUGUGGUUAGUCUGGAUAUAGCUGCCAAAAUCCUAAUCGGUGAAGAUCAUGUGGUGGAUCUGGACAAAAACAAGUUCAAAACCAAGAUUCGUAGACUUUAUGACAUUGCAAAUGUUCUGAGCAGCCUAGAGCUGAUAAAGAAAGUGCACGUGACUGAAGAUAAAGGAAGAAAGCCUGCUUUCAAGUGGACUGGGCCAGAAGACAUACCAUCUCCAAAGGAUCUGGAGAUCUCUGCUACAUCCUCAGCCCCAAAGCCUCUUGAGUCUCGUUCCUCUGUUGAAAACUGUGCUAAAAAUCUGUUUUCCUCCCCUGGAACAAAGCGAGGGUUUACCCGCCAUCAUUCUCUAGUCAAGAUGGUUAAGAGCAUUCAGGAUGACCGCAGGAAAAUCAACUCUGCACCUUCUAGUCCUAUUAAAAUGACAGGUGAUUCUGCAGACAGUGAUUUCUAUACAACCAAAAUGGCCCAUCUUGCAGCUAUCUGCAAAAAGCAACUCGAUGAACAAUCUGCAGACCAUCGACCUAACAACAAGGCGACAGACUCUUCACACUCAUCUAAACAGCCUGAAUCCACAUCUGCUAGUAAUCAUGGGCCUCCAGGGAUGCAGAUCCCAGUUCUACCAGCAGGAGCAAUUUCAUACCUUCCCACAAAAUGUUCCCCGAUCAUCCCGCUUCUGAUACCUCAGCACCAGAGUGGUGGGCCGUAUGCCGUUUACAUGCAUCCAACGUCUCUCAGACCACAGCCUACCAGCCUGGCUGUCCGUUCAAUGACAUUCGAGAGUCCAGUCGGCGCAAAUGCAAAGACAUCACCAGCUACCAUGACUAACAAUAACCAGACAAACCAGUCGUCAUCGUAUGUUAAAGAGCAGACAAGUCCUGUGAACCUUAAACGGGCAAGUGGAGAAAAGAGCUCCGCAGAAAGUCCAUCCAAAAUGCAGAGGACAGAGCCAAAGAGCGUUUCUCCAAAGCUGUGUGAGAUUCUACAAGCACGUCUGAAGGCCCGUAGAGGAGCUUUGACCUCUAACCGCCCUUCCGCAAGAGCCCUUCAUCUGGAGUUUUCUAAACCCUCUGAAAGCCAGCCAACGGUACAAACCAGCACAGCACCUCUGGACCACAGCCUGGAGAUCUUUCUAGAGAAGGAGGAGAAGAGCCAGACCUCAGACAAUGAGGCAGGUCUGACCCCUGUAAGACAACCACAUUCACAGCCCCAGAAGCUCAGCGCUCCCUUUCAGGACAUGGUGCUGCCAUCUGGACCCAUACACACAGAGACAUUGAUCCCCGCGGGUUAUUUGAUUCCGAUUUCCCAGCAGUCCAUUGUGAACUUCAGAGAACCGCAGUGCUCCAUUGAAGGCUCAAAAGCCUCCACACCAACAUACAACAUCUAUCACACGCCAACAGCAGGUUCCAGACCAGCUUUUCCACAAGAAGUCACCCCGACCCGACUCCCUCUUCACCGGAUACCAUCCAUCUCCCCCUUCCCUUCUCACGGCCAUCGCAUCCACAGCCCCAGUCCUGCUAUUCUCAACUUCACCCUGCAGAAUCUGGGCCUCAUCCCCGGCAGUGUAACACCAAACCCACACACUCCCGAGCAGAGCAGCUCGCUCCAGUCCCCACACCCAGGGCUUCCUCACCAGGGCAUGAUCUUCGUAAAGCCCCUGUCACCAGCCCGAGCACUGCAUCAGACCUCAAUACACGGGCAGCCAGUCACCCUCAUCAGCAUACCACAGGCUUUAGUAACCACACCUAAAGGCGGUCAAGCUUUCCAGCAGAGUUUCUUUCACACACCCGUCUCGUUCCCUACUGUAAACACCACGGCUCCCAAAAAGAUCUACAUCCCUCAGAGGAAGCUGGACGUGAGCCCCGAGGAGAUCUGAGAUGCUGCUAAAAAGACCACUGUUCUCAUCGAGCCAUUGUGGGUGUGUUUUCUUCAUUUGAGUGUUUGUACGUUUUCCAUUUCUAUAUAGUUAUUUUACUGUAGGGUCUCUGCAUUAACUGUGGUUCUUGACUGAGGAAAACAAACAUGGUGCUACACUAUCUCUCAGGAAGAUAGUUUAAGGGUUUAUUUACAAAGCAAAAGCACAAUUGGGGCGGCGCUUUUUACUAUGCUGUAAAUGUAGAGUUUAAAACAAAAAAAAUAGACCGAAUUUUAAAAAUUGGUGUAAAUCUGUGUGAAAUGUUAAGUGGAAAUCGAAUUUCAGGGAUUCUAAGAAUUGCCAAAUUUGUGUUUUAUUAUAGUUGAGAAAGUGUUAAAGUACCACAGUGUAAUAAAUUGCCAUAACGUUAUUGUUAUGAUGUAUUAAAAUGAGAAAUGUUAGACUGAGGGUGUUAAAAUAUUGUAGAUGUAUUUUAUGUUUAUGAAAUUUAGGGAUAUUACUAUUUGCACAGCAUUUAUUUGAACUGCAUUUACAAUCUGAUUUCUGUGUAUUGAAAAUAAAUGAAUGUGCUCUA